UUAAUGUUCAGAGAAAUAAUGGGUGGGCUGUUCCUCUGCACGGGACAAAUGAUACCUCUGCGAUAAAUCCCUCCCGCAGCCGCGCUCUGCGUCGCGAGUUUAGUCUGGUUUGGCAACAGACCCCACCACGUUCUACGACCAUUAUUAACGGAGGGAGAGAGGUAGACGAGAGCUAAAGAAAGAUAAGGAGCCCUACACGACCGACUGGGAAUGCUUGACCAUGCAUGUUGAGUGUGCGCGAGACAGAACGACGUUAAAUGCUCGAACGUUGCGACUGCUGAAGGUGUGGAGUUGCAUUAACGAUUUUAGUAGGCCUACGGAUUUUGACCACAAAGGCACUUCGUUUGUUUCAUGCGUUUCCAAGCGAUGGUAGUAGACUGUCGGGGUGGUGUUGGUGGAAGCUGUCCCCGCGUUUACGGCACAGGUUGAGAAUGCAAGUCUGGAUGUAGCUGAUUGGAGUAACAGAGUUGGUGAUCAGAGUGUGGAGAGGGAGGAGGGGAGAUUCUGAAGUGGGUUUUCUAUGUGUGACUCUCCAGCGGCCAUGUUAACCAAGAAACCCUGCGCUGCUGUCUACCCAACUGGCAAGGGGGGUGAAGUGGUUUGCCAGGUACAGUCUUCCCCCGGAAUCGGAAUUGGGGGUCUACGGGCCGGAGCAGGGACCGACCCGACAUCACCCGUCACAUUACCACCCCUCAGGAACACCAACUCACUAACGGCCGGAGGCAAUAAGCACACAAUGAACGAGCACCUGCACACGGGGAGCCACCCGCAGAUCCACGUCCAGCAGCUCUUCGAGGAGAACAGCAACAAACGGACAGUGCUGACCACUCAGCCCAACGGCCUGACGCCCGUGGGCCGCGCGGGCAUCCCGCUGCCCGAGAGACCGCCGGAGAGCGGGCACUGCCGGCAGGGAAGCUCCGCCUCGCUCAAGUCCUCCGACGGCAAGCCCCGCCCCUUCCCCAUGACGCCCGAGCAGGCCAUGAAGCAGUACAUGGCCAAGCUGACGGCGUUCGAGCACCACGAGAUCUUCAACUACCCGGAGGUCUACUUCGCGGGCCCCAACGCCAAGAAGCGGCCCGGCGUGCUGGGCGGCUCCAACAACGGCGGCUACGACGACGACCAGGGCUCCUACAUCCACGUGCCCCACGACCACAUCGCCUACCGCUACGAGGUGCUCAAGGUCAUCGGCAAGGGCAGCUUCGGCCAGGUGGUGAAGGCCUACGACCACAAGACGCACCAGCACGUGGCGCUGAAGAUGGUGCGCAACGAGAAGCGCUUCCACCGGCAGGCCGCGGAGGAGAUCCGCAUCCUGGAGCACCUGCGCAAGCAGGACAAGGACGCCGCCAUGAACGUCAUCCACAUGCUGGAGAACUUCACAUUCCGCAACCACAUCUGCAUGACCUUCGAGCUGCUCAGCAUGAACCUCUACGAGCUCAUCAAGAAGAACAAGUUCCAGGGCUUCAGCCUGCCGCUGGUGCGCAAGUUCGCCCACUCCAUCCUGCAGUGCCUGGAGUCGCUGCACAAGAGCCGCAUCAUCCACUGCGACCUCAAGCCCGAGAACAUCCUGCUCAAGCAGCAGGGCCGCAGCGGCAUCAAGGUCAUCGACUUCGGCUCCAGCUGCUACGAGCACCAGCGCGUCUACACCUACAUCCAGUCCCGCUUCUACCGCGCGCCCGAGGUCAUCCUGGGCGCCCGCUACGGCAUGCCCAUCGACAUGUGGAGCCUGGGGUGCAUCCUGGCGGAGCUGCUGACCGGGUACCCGCUCCUCCCGGGCGAGGACGAGGGGGACCAGCUGGCGUGCGUCAUCGAGCUGCUGGGCAUGCCGUCGCAGAAGCUGCUGGACGCGUCCAAGAGGGCCAAAAACUUUGUCAGCUCCAAGGGCUACCCCCGGUACUGCACCGUCACCACUCUGCCGGACGGGUCCACGGCGCUCACGGGGGGGCGCUCGCGCCGGGGCAAGCUUCGGGGCCCGCCGGGGAGCAAGGAGUGGGUGACGGCCCUCAAGGGCUGCGACGACCCCCUCUUCCUGGACUUCCUCAAGCAGUGUCUGGAGUGGGACCCGGCCCUGCGCAUGACCCCCAGCCAGGCCCUCCGCCACCCCUGGCUCCGGAGGCGGCUGCCCAAGCCCCCGGCCGGGGAGAAGACCUCCGUCAAGCGCCUCACGGAGGGCUCUGGUGCUAUAACGUCCAUUUCCAAAUUACCUCCGACGGGCUCAGCCGCCAAGCUGAGGACUAACUUGGCGCAGAUGACGGACGCCAAUGGGAAUAUCCAACAGAGGACAGUGUUGCCAAAAUUAGUCAGCUGAACCCGGAUGUGUGUCCUGUCCCGUAAUUUAUUGUUUUUAGAAGGCUGAAUGAAAUAAUAGGUUCAUUGACCCCCCCCCCCCCACCCCCCCGUACCUGAACAUUACUGAAGUUACAAGUGUGAAGGAUUUUGUUUUUUUCUGUAAUACAUAAUCACUACAUGAUUUUUGGCUUUGUAGCACCUUUGACAAUAUUUAAAAACAAAUUUUUUUUUUAGAAAUGGCAGAAUAAGGGAACUAUGCUUUUAGGUUUUCCAACUGUAUGCAAUUUUGCGGGUCACCAACAUUCAUGCAGUUUGGCGCAACGCAUUAUGAAGCCCGUGCAGAAUUAAGACCACACGUCACGUCGGUGAAAAGCAUAAAAUGGAGUGGCUGGCCACAAUGGAAUGAGCUUGGUGUCCACUGCUUAAUGGAAUUGAGGGGUUUUUAUCUUUGCAUAUCCUGUGAGUGAUAUCAUGUCAAUGAGGUUGAAAAUGGAUUUUAAACAGCGUUUAUUUUAGGGCUUGGUGCAAACCGUUGCAUAUUCAUAGCUGCCUGUUGUGGAAGAUUCUAGUGCCUCGUUGACAUCAGUUGCAAGACGGCGUCGUUUAGCGUGCGGAAGAGAAUCUUGACAAUUCGGGGGGAAAGAAACGGGGGAGGGAAAAGACAAAAAAAGAAAGAGAAAGGCUGGGCUGGCAUCAGAAGUUAUCAAUAGAAGGAAAAAGAGAAACAUGCAAAAAAAAAAAGUAUGUUUACAUAACAGACAAGGUAUGUGCCUAAAAUUCUCUUCACAUUCCUUAUAGAAAGAAAGGGAAAGGGAGAGGACAAGCUUACCCUAUCUCUACGGGUCACUGUCUGUGACAUUGAGGAUGGAGUCAUGGUGUUAUUGAGUAGAGGAACAGAGCAGAUAUUUAUAUAUAGUAUUUAUACAUACAAUUUUGUAGUGACCUUUUCCUGAUUGCCGUUUAUUUGCAGGGCUGUUUUAGACACAAAUCUGCUCUGUCAGAAGGAAAAUAAAUUGGUGCUUUUUACCUUUUUUAUAAAGGUAUUUAUAUUCUUUUUUAGAAGUAUGGAACAGAAUAGUUUUGAAUACUGCUCCUGUUUUUUUUUAGUGGCUUACAAGCAAAUGCAACAUAUCUACGUAUAUUUCAAGCAUCCUGGAGUUGGAUCCUGUGAUGUAAGGAUAUUCUGCUUUGAGACGGUUGAAGUAAAUGUUAUGCUGGGGUGUGAUGGACAACACAGCUGGAGACUGCAUACAACUGCAUAAAACUUGAAUUUGAAUUUGUUUUCGCCAUGUUCGCAUCCCAGAAAUGGAUGGAAUGGGUGGAAGUAAUACAGUGGAAACACGGCCCGAUUUCUCUGUCCCCUUGAUUCUGAAUGUAACACUGCUAAAUUAUUUCACCAGUUGACUGUAGCAUAAGUCGGAUAUCUUGCAUUUAACGUUGUAUAUAUAGCAAUAUACAAGUGGGCUUGUAAGCAUUUUGGCAAGUUAAGACACUUAAGAGCAUGUUCCCUUGGAAGGCCAAAAGAUUGUUUCAGGUAUUGUAUAUGAAAAUGCUACUUUGACACCCCAAAAUUCUUUUACACAUCUUUUUUUUUUUAAACCCAGAACCUGUAUAAAAGAAUGACUUGGUCAGUGCAUUGUAUCCUGUACAGUAGUUCAAUGAAGAAACAGAUAGAGGAGCACCUCUGCUUUUCCUCUAAGGCACCCACUGGAGUUUUUUGUAGCAUUUUGACACCUUUUUAGAAAAAAAUUAUAAUCCGAAUUGUUUUUAAAGCUUUGUAGAAAAUGUAUUAAUUUAUUUCCUACGAAUGAUUCUCAAAGAAGAGAUAAUAUAUAAGGACUUACACCACUGGAAAGAGUCAAGAAGACACCUGAGUGUUUUGUGUUAGUAACCAUGGGGAGCGUGGUAUGUGAGAAGCUAAUUCAGGAGAGCAUUAUCUGAAGCUAUAGGCUCCUCUAUUAUUCAGAAGGAAAGGAAUCUGUCAAGUCACACUCCCCAUUUGUCGGGGAGACACCUGUGAGCAUGGGCGGGGCUCAGCCAUCUGUGGGGAAAGACAGGGCUGUGGACCCCACCCUCUUUCUGCCUGUUGGCCCAGUGUUGCACAUGCUACUUACUGGCACCGCCCUGCUAAACACCCCCCCCCUCCACCCCCCACCCGCACCCCCACCCCCACCACCAAAAAAAAAAAAAGCCAGUUGCAGACGCACACAUACUGAAGUACAACAGGCUUUUUGUGUCAGCUUUUACUGUUGCUGUUAUUAAUUAGCUGUAGUAGUAAGGAGGAAUUGUGCCCUUAGGUUUAAAACAAUGUGCCUUCGGUUAUCAAUGCCAUUCUUUUCUUACUUCACAGUACUGCCCCUCGUUUCCUAGGAGAAUGACGCAUUUGGCAUAUAGAUGUGGCGUACCUCACGUACGCUUUUGAGGAAAACCCACAGAUUACCCAUAAAAUGGCGAUUAGGGGGCAGCAGCCAGACUGCUGGGAUGUUUCUGUGAUGGAAAAGACCACAGACUGGGUAAGCGGUGUUGAGGGGAGUACUGCAGCCACCUGGGUAACAGUGAAUAAACAAAACAAAGUUAGCCGCAAUGACUUGUUUCACAGGGUGUAAAGUGACUUUGUCACUGCAAUAUCUAUCGUCUUAACAUCAAACGAUCAAAGAGGUAACUUUUCCUUCAUUUUAUGACUAGAUCAAGAAAAAAAAAAAAACUUUUUAAGAUUUUACCUCAGACUGUUCUGAUAUUCUUAUUGUGAUUUUUAAAGAAAAAAACCCAGGGCAUUUGGUAAGUACCAAAGUGCAUUCCUUUCUAUGUUUUUGGUGAUGAGGAAAAGUAGCCAGUGAAUUUUAACUUUUGAGCUUGAGAGGCGCACAGAAGCCUCCCAGGGCCAUUUUUGGCGAAUGCUAGUCUUCAAUCAAAAACGAUAAGAAGGGCAUUGAGGCCAUUUUGCAGUCGGGCCGUACAGCCUAUUUCUGACACUACCUGGAAGAGUUUGUGAACAAUGUAGCACGGCGCUGUUGGAUGUGCCUGCAGAGCAGUGUGUUCUGUCAGCCACCAGUCCACAGGGAGUCCAGGUUUAACCCAACGUACAAAAACACGCUAGCAAAGUUGCAGUAGAAGCGAGCAUCUGGUAGACAUUUUACCAUUUUGAAAGCUUGUACCUUUUUGCUACCUUUUUUUUGUCAGAACGUUAGACCUGAAUCCUGAGCUCAGCUGUUCUCUGCCAUCUUCACAGUUGAGAGGCUUGAGGCCUUUUUUUUUUUUUUUUUUAAAGAAACAAUUUUACUGAGUUAAACUAAGAUGCUUGUAUUCUGCCACAAUGAAGUGUACUGUACAUACGUGGAAUUUGCUAUGGAUUUAAUGUGGAUGUGUACAUAUGUAUGUAAUGUUUAUUUCCUGGGUGAAAUGGGUGCAAAUGCUGCUGAAGACACUACACAGUCGUUGUAGCGGGUUUUAAAUUCAGCGUCCGGUUUUACUGAUACUGUAUGUAUUGUACAGCUGAUGGAAGUAUAAACUUUUUCUAGUGAUCAUUUGUAAAUUUAUUGUUGUGGCCAGAAAAUAUUAAUAAUAAAAAAAAAGGUUUAAUGUCCCAUCUCUUUACAGAA